AUUAUAUUUGCCAUAUUGUCAUACCAAAAGGAACGAAUCUAUUCACAAAAAAAUGAUAAAAAUGACAGCUCUAAUAAGCUCUUAAAAUCUGUAAAAAUACAUCAAUAAUAAUGUUCUUUUUAGCUCAUAGUCCGCCUCUUGUACAAAGUCGACUUAAAAUCAUACAGUGAAGUUUUACGGUUGUUAAUCAGAAGAGAGCGGGAGAAUAGAAGAAAAUGUCACCUAUAAGACCUAUUAGAUAUUUAUACAAGCAUAGUGCGUUCGCGUUGAGGCACUCGUCACGAUUAGUUAGUGCAUUGGCACAGCAGGCGCAUUCAGCAGAAGGGAACAGUAAUUCAGAGGGCGAGUACCGAUCAAGAGCCGGGAGGACAGCGCUAGGUGCCGGCUCGCUAGCACUCGCUCUGCUAGCAGCUGAUCAUGUCUUCAAUGAAAAACGAUUCUUCAAAGCUGCUCAACUUGGGAAUUUGCAAGAAUUACGGAAGCAGGUGGAAGCGGCAGCUAGCAACAUCAAAAGUGGGCGAGGCGGAAACGAGGCCGCUGGAGGCGCUGCUGACUGGCGUCACACUCUGGGUUGGACGGCACUCAUGGUGGCCGCCGCCAACGACCAGCCCGAUGCCGUCCACGCGCUUUUGAAAAUGGGCGCUCGGCCUGACCUGCAGGAGCGGUACUCGGGCGCCGCCAUGGCAGCUGCGGCCGCAGGCAUGCACCCGCUUGAGGUACUGCAGAGGCGGGAAGAUGAAUUCUGUAGUACUAUGAAUGCGCGCGCCUCCUUCCUCGGCUGGACCGCUCUACACUACGCGGCGCUGGCGGACUCCUCGGGGGCAGCUCGGGAGCUGCUGGAAGCGGGCGCCGACCCCACGGCGCGCGACCACGCAGGCCGGCGCGCCCUGCACUACGCGCGCGACCCCUCGCCCACUCGCGACCUCAUCCUCACGCACACCCGCACUUGGGAGGAGGCAGCCGCUGCCGCCGCCGCGGAGGAGCGACGUCGCUUCCCGCUGGAGCAGCGCCUCAAACAAUUCAUCGUCGGCCAGCAGGCCGCCAUCGAGACCGUCGCGGCCGCCGUGCGACGCAAAGAGAACGGCUGGGCGGACGACGAGCACCCUCUCGUCUUCCUUUUUCUCGGCAGCUCUGGGAUCGGCAAAACUGAGCUGGCGAAACAGUUAGCGCGCUACAUGCAUCGCGACGACCCGGCGGCUUUCAUCCGACUUGACAUGUCAGAGUAUCAAGAGAAGCACGAGGUGGCCAAGCUGAUCGGUGCGCCGCCUGGCUACGUGGGCCACGAGGAGGGCGGCCAGCUCACGCGGGCUCUGGCGCGGCGCUCAGACGCCGUCGUUCUCUUCGACGAGGUGGACAAGGCCCACCCUGACGUGCUCACGGUGCUACUGCAGCUCUUUGAUGAGGGAAGGCUUACGGACGGUAAGGGCAAGUUGAUCGAAUGCAAGAACGCCAUCUUCGUGAUGACAUCGAACUUGGCAGCGGAUGAGAUCGCGCAGUACGGCCUGCAGCUGCGGCGGGAGGCCGAGGCUCGCGCGGCCCAGCGAGUGCGCGUCACACCUGCGAUCUCCGUCGAACAAAGAGGUGUGCCCGGCCUAAUGGACAUUUUGUCAUUGUUUUAUGGUGAUAAAGAACCGUGGUUUUCGCUUUCAGUAGGAUCUCACGAUGCAAACGACCAGGACGGGCCUGACGAGUCUAACGACCCGGAGGAGUCACUGGAAGUGUCGCGAAACUUCAAGGAUAGCGUGGUGCGGCCGAUACUCAAACGACACUUCGGCAGGGACGAGUUCCUGGGACGCAUCAACGAGAUCGUGUACUUCCUGCCGUUCUCGCGGCAGGAGCUACUGACGCUGGUCAACAUGGAGUUGAAGCUGUGGGCGGAGAAGGCGAGCGCGCGGCACGCCGUGGAGCUGCGCUGGGAGGGCGGCGUGCUGGGCGCGCUGGCGGACGGGUACGACGUGCACUACGGCGCGCGCUCCAUCAAGCACGAGGUGGAGCGGCGCGUCGUCAACCAGAUCGCGCUGGCGGCCGAGCGCGGCGCCUUGGCGCGCGGCUGCGGCGUGCUGCUCACGGAGCGCGCCGGCCGCGUCGCGCUCGCCGUGCGCCGCCCGCACGACGCCGACUACACGCCCAUCGACCUCGCCGCGCUCUGACCGCGCUCGUUUCUUUACUACUUAAUAAACACCUAAUACAAACCUA